CACAUUACUCAACACUAGUCCCAUGUCACUCCGAUCGACUUAAAAUUUACACAAAUAAAGAAAUACAUAUGGUAGAAAUAAACAAUACAACAAAUCAUGGAUGCCGUUGAUGACAACCACCAGGCGCCGCAUCUAGCCGACUUCGCCGGCAACAAUGAGGCGGACCGAGAACAGAUCGAUGCCGCAGCAAUUGUGAAUGAUGCAAAAAUCGCAACAACUGGUGCUGGUGUGUGGGAACGUCAGCUCUUUCGGUUUCAUCCAUACCAUGGCUCCAACAUACGCUUAGAUGACGAUGCAACAGUCGCCUUUCGACGCACUAGCUUCGCCGAUGCUCUCACCUUCUCCGAGCGACCGCUGGCGCCCGGCGAAAUAUUUCUAGUGGAGAUUGAAAAAAUCGAACGGGGAUGGUCGGGACACAUGCGACUGGGCCUGACGGAGCUGACACCAAACGUGAUUGGCAUGCGGAGCGAAGGAUUGCCGCACUUUGCGUUGCCUGACUUGGCCAAUUUAGGAAACAGCUGGAUAUAUCCGAUCUCAAAAUUUGAAAUGAAUCAACGUCAAGAGCAAGCCGGCGAAAAUGUCGAUUUUAUAGCCAAUGAGCCGCCCCAACGUAAUCUACUUGGCGAUGCAACGCAUGUGCGUACGCCGCGUGGCCUACUGCCCAAGAGACUGUUGCGUCCAUCGAUGGACAAUGGAAACUCGGAUAUACUGCUCACAGACAGAGGCUCGCGCAUUGGCAUCAUGUAUGUGCCGACAGAGACCGAUGCAUCCAAAGGCGAAUUACACUUCAUUAUUAAUGGCGUGGACAAGGGCCCAGUGUCAAAGGAAAUACCAUUAAAUAGGUCACCUUUGUACGUUGUUAUUGAUGUUUAUGGCACGACAAAGCAAAUACGCAUCAUACAACUGGAAGGCAUACUGUCCUUGCAAAGUGCUUGUCGCAAUGUUAUACUGGAGCACAUCGCAACCGGCUCCAUUGCGCGGCUGCCACUGCCCGAGAGCAUUAAGCGCUUCUUAUUGCGUCGAGAUUAGGAACUGAGACAAAGCGCACACACUCACACAUAAA